GCCAGUCUGUGGCGGGAAGCUAAGCAGCGUGGUUGUGUUGGUAUGGCGUGGAGUGUUGCUUCGUGUGAAUGGCUACGUGUACUUCUGAUUGCUGUGGGUGCGGUGAAUGUCCUAGGACAAGUGUCACAUGUAGAUCCGGUGGGCUACACGAGUCACGAAGGGACUAGAUGUUACGACGAUGGCGGGCGACCACAGAGAUGCAUCCCGGGGUUCGAGAACGCGGCUUUCAACGUACUCGUAGAGGCCACCAACACUUGCGGCGAGGAGCGGCCUACGGAGUUCUGUGUGCAGACUGGCACUUCCGGCACCAAGAAGUCAUGUGAGGUGUGCUACGGCUCGGGGCCCCAAGCACACCCUGCCGCCUACCUCACAGACUUCAACAACAACGAGAACCAGACGUGGUGGCAGUCGGAGACCAUGUUCGAAGCCAUCCAGUACCCGAACCAGGUCAACCUCACCCUCCACUUGCGCAAGGCGUUUGACAUCACAUACGUCCGCCUCUGGUUCUAUUCCCCGAGGCCCGAAAGCUUUGCUAUCUACAAGCGAACCAGCGAAGACGGGCCCUGGAUUCCUUACCAGUUCUAUAGUGCCACCUGCCGGGACACGUAUGGACUACCUGAUAGCAGUUACACCAGGAAGGGGCCCGAGGAGACCCGGGCUCUCUGCACGGCCGAGUAUUCUGACAUCUCCCCUCUCACGGGCGGUAACGUCGCCUUCUCCACUCUGGAGGGACGGCCGUCAGCUUACAACUUCGACGCCAGCCCCGAAUUACAGGAGUGGGUGACAGCCACUGAUAUACGGAUCACGCUUGACAGACUCAACACUUUCGGCGACGAAGUAUUCGGCGACCAGCAAGUGCUGCGAUCCUAUUUCUACGCAAUCUCAGACUUCGCCGUGGGAGCCAGGUGCAAGUGCAACGGACACGCGUCAGAGUGCGUCGCAAGCACCGCGCUGGAUGGCAACGUGCGGCGCGUGUGCCGCUGCGAGCACAACACGGCGGGGCUCGAUUGCAACGAGUGUCUGCCCUUCUAUAACGACGCGCCGUGGGGGCGCGCGUCAGCGCACGACGCUCAUGAGUGCAGGGCUUGCAACUGCAAUGGCUUUUCGAACCGGUGCUUCUUCGACAAGGAGCUAUACGCUAGAACAGGACAUGGAGGCCACUGUUUGGACUGCACAGGGAACAGGGACGGACCGAAUUGCGAGCGCUGCCGGGAGAACUACUAUCAGCGUGAAGAUGGCUACUGCACAGCAUGCAACUGCAACGAAGUAGGAUCCAGGAGCCUGCAGUGUAACAGUGAGGGGCGGUGUCAGUGUAAACCGGGAGUGACUGGGGAGAAGUGUGAUCGCUGUGAAGAGAACUAUUAUGAUUUUGGCAACCAGGGAUGUAAGCCAUGUGGGUGUAACUCAGCAGGCAGUCUCGGCAACCAGCCCCGGUGUGACCCGUAUUCUGGUACAUGUCAGUGCAAGGAGAAUGUUGAAGGGAAGAGAUGCGGGGGUUGCAAGCCUGGCUAUUUCAAUCUGGAUUUUGAGAAUGAAUUUGGGUGCACACCUUGCUUCUGCUACGGUCAUGCCUCGGUAUGCCGCUCUGCGCCAGGCUACUCCAAAGUUGGGAUCGAAAGUAUAUUUGCGCGAGGCAACGAACGCUGGUCCGCUCAGGACUACAGUGGCCGAGCACUGAGCAUCCAGUACAACGGCAUAACACAGGCAAUUGGGGCCAGUGCUCCAGGCAGGGAGCCUGUGUAUUUUGUGGCACCAGACAGAUUCUUGGGGGACCAACGAGCCAGUUACAAUCAAGACCUGACGUUCAAGCUCAGGAUUGGUGAAAAUGGGCCAUCACCCACUGUAGAGGACAUCGUGCUGGAAGGGGCGGGCCUCUCCAUUACACAGGCUAUAUUUGCACAACAGAAUCCUCUUCCAUCGAUAGCUACCCAAGAGUACAAGUUCCGACUCCAUGAGCACCCUCAGUACGGCUGGCAGCCUCGGCUGUCAGCUCGUGACUUCAUGAGCGUGCUGGCUAACCUGACAGCAAUUCACAUAAGAGCCACAUAUACACCUGAAGGGGUUGGAUUUCUGGAUGAUGUUGUACUUCGAUCAGCCCGUGGAGGAGCUGCCGGACGACCGGCGAAUUGGAUUGAAAUGUGUACAUGUCCAGAUGGAUAUGUGGGGCAAUUUUGCGAAUCUUGCGCACCAGCGUUCCGUCACGAACCGGCAAACGGAGGUCCAUUUGCGCCUUGUGUACCUUGCAACUGUAAUGGACAUGCAGAUAUCUGUGACCCUGAGACUGGUCGCUGCAUAUGCCGGCACAAUACUGCGGGUGACAACUGUGACCGUUGUGCUCGUGGAUACUACGGUAACUCAUUACAAGGCACCCCGUACGACUGCAAACACUGCCCAUGCCCGAACCAAGGAGCCUGCACGCAGCUGGUGGAUGAGACAGUUGUCUGUCUGGAGUGCCCUAGAGGAUACGGAGGACCACGGUGUGACCUUUGCAGCGAUGGUUACUAUGGUGACCCAACAGGGAGGUUUGGACCGGUAAGGGUGUGCCAGCCCUGUGACUGUAAUCAGAACGUUGAUCCUAACGCUGUUGGAAACUGCAACAGAACCACUGGCGAGUGCUUGAAGUGCAUAUACAACACUGCAGGACGAGAGUGUGACCAGUGCAUGCCAGGUUUCUAUGGAGAUGCGUUAGCAAUACCCAAAGGAGACUGCAAGCAGUGUCAAUGUAAUCAUUAUGGAACACAGGAGACAGGCUUUGGCCCUCCGGUCUGUGACCAGCUGACUGGUCAGUGCCACUGCAAAAUACAUGUUGUCGGGAAGAACUGUGACCGGUGUGAAGAUGGUUUCUAUAAUAUCGUCAGUGGAGAAGGGUGUCAGCCAUGUAACUGUGACCCAGUGGGGUCAUUGAAUCACACUUGUGACCUCUACAGUGGGCAAUGCCAGUGUCGGCCUGGUGUGACCGGUCAGAGAUGUGACGUGUGCCAGGCGUACCAGUAUGGAUUCUCUCUCGCUGGGUGCAAACCGUGCGAAUGUGACCAGAUUGGGUCUCUUGCUCUCCAGUGUGAUCCACUGGGCCAGUGUCCAUGUUUGGAGAAUGUGGAGGGUCGUCAGUGUGAUCGCUGCAAGGAGAACAAGUACGACCGGCAACGUGGCUGUGUGGAUUGUCCUGCCUGCUACAACCUGGUGCAGAGUGCUGCCAAUGACCAUCGAGCCAGACUUAGCGAACUGGAGAAAGUGCUGCAUGAUAUAGCCAGUAACCCGACCGUCAUCAGUGACCAGGACUUUGAGAAGAAGUUGAAGGAUGUCCAGGGAAUUGUGGAGGAGCUGUGGAAUGAGGCCAGGCAUGGAGCGGGAGGUGAAGACAAAAGCCUGCUGGAGAGGCUGGAAGAGUUACAGAGGCGUUUUGAUGCAGUGGGUGAACUUACCGACCAGACUAAUCAGCUAACCGAUAAAGCAUUGUUCAGCACUGCACAGGGGAUUGGGAAUGUCACACAGGCAGAGGAGACUAUUGAGAAAGCUUUUGAGUCUUUCAAAGAUGCAAUGGAUUACGUGCAGACAGAUGGUUCUGCCGCCUUGAAGAAGGCCAUGGAGCGUUCGGAUGAGUUUGGACAGACAAGUAGUCAGAUGUCUGAAAUUGCUCGAGAAGCUCGAGGGUUGGCCGAGAAACAAGAGAAGGAAGCUGAUGAUAUUCAGCUUGUAGCUGCUAGGGCUGUGAACACGUCAACUGCAGCAUAUGAACUGGCGAGGGACGCCAUCAAACAGCAGCAGAACAUCAGCGAUGAACUGAAAGGAUUAGGGCUGGUGAUAGACAACACUGGCGAGAAGCUCGAGCACACAAAGGUGCUGGCCGAGGAGGCCAGUGCAGCUGUGGCAGACAUCCAUACAAAUGCCCUUAAAAUUUACACUGACAUAUAUAGCCUCAAUAUCCCAGAAAUUAACAUUCCAAAACUGAAGCAGGUUGCUGAAUUGACUGCGGCUGAGGCCAGGAGGAUAAAGCAGGAGGCGGAGGAUCUCCUGGCUGAGAACGAGAGCCUGCUUGAUGACAUGAGGGACCAGAUUGACGAGACGAGGGAGCUGCUAGAGAGAGGCCACACUCAGCAGCAGAUCGCAGAUGAGUUGCUGGCAGACACAGACGCAGCGAAAGCUAAAGCUGAGGAGGCUGUCAGUAAGGGAGACGAGAUUCUGGAAACAGCCAAGAAGACAUUAAAAACACUGCAAGACUUUGAUCAGCAAGUGCAAGACAGUAAGUAUAAGGCUGAGGAUGCUCUACUUAUGGUGCCAAAGAUACGAGAGCUGAUAGCUGAUGCGGAAAACAAGACAGGUGAUGCCAGACAGGCGUUAGCUGGAGCAGAGCACAACGCUCAGAUUGCUCGUGACACCGCUCAAGAAGCGCAGCAGAAAUACGCGGAACAGGCUUCUCAUGAGGCAGAUUUAAUCCGUCAAGGAGCUGAUCAAACCAAAAAUGAUGCCAGCAAAGUGCGUGACGAAGCAGAGGCACUGGAAGGUCGUGUUGCAGUGACUGCAAACAAAAUCAAGGAACUUGACGCUCUUGCAGCUCAGGACGAAGAACUUACGACGAUGGCAAAAAAUAAAGUUGGCCAAGCCAAAAGUAAAUCAGCAAAUGCCACAAGACAAGUUGAGAAAGCACUGGAUGAUGUACAAGCCAUCAUUGAGGAACUGAACCGGUUGCCUAACAUAGAUCCUGUGUUACUGGAUGAUCUGCAGUUACGACUGGAUAGAGCAGAGGAAGAAUUCCGGGUAGCGAAUCUUGACGGGCGCAUCCAGGAACUGAAGGACGCCAGAAUUUCACAGACACAAUGGGUAAAGAACUACCAAGAUCAAGUGGAUAUGCUGCAGGCAGAUGUACAGAAUAUCGAGGAUAUCAGCAACUCACUGCCCGACGGAUGUUGGAAACGGGUGCAGCUUGAACCUUAGCAUUACUUCUCAUCGCAAGUAGCCAUUUUGUAAAGUGAAGUUGGAAGUACAGUGCUACAGCACUGGAAUUUACCAAGAGUACUGCUAAACGUGUCUUGAACAUCGAGGUUGGAGAUGUGUGUGGUUAUUUACGGCAGUCAUGUCAGUAGCUCACUUGUACUGACGAACAGAACGAUUAUACAAAGAGACCAAAAAUUACUGUGAUGAGGGCAAUAAUGAAUUGUUUGUGUAGUAUAAUUUGUAGUCCAUUUUCAGCACAUUCAUGGCUCAGCUGUAAGUUUGACUGUUACCAUUUGAGCGGACAAUGUUCUUACUGCAUCGCUUAAAAUUCCAAAUAUUCUAGCAAUACAAACUGAAGUAUAUUUUUAUAUCCUGUGGACCAAUUUUGGUAUGAAUUAUCCUCUGGAUUGCUGCAGUGGUCUUUAUAUAUGAGUACAGUAUAGGUUCUGUUGCAAGACACACAUACCAAAGAAUGCAGUCGCUUUGACUAUCACAUUUUUGUCUUGUAAGUAUUUUACAGGCAUUAUGUCUUGAAUUAGUUGGAUGGCAUGGAACAUCUGCUUGAUGCUGCAGAUGUCACAGUAAUAUCACAGCUGUUACGGAUAACAUUAUGUGGUAUGUGGUAAGUUAAAAACCUUUAAUCUGCUUGAGAAGAUAAGUUUAAUUUUUUUUCAUGAACUUCGAUCUUUGAUGGAUGUGCCAUAUUUUGAUAAGGUUUAUUAUUGUAAUAUGUCUGCUAGUAUUUAACCAAACAAGUAUAACAGGGUAAUUUUUAAUAUGUAGUUCUACACAAAACUUCAAACUGCUUUCAAUUUUAAAUAAGUAUGUAAUAACAAGUAAGGAAUUCCUAAAAUGAAGGAAGUGUCAUAUAUUUGAGUUGUCUGUUACAUAUUUGAAGGACUCAACUAGUUGGUAAAGUUGAUUCAAAUCAAUUUCACAUUGAUGUAGUGUUCUGUCGCAGCUAAAGCUUUGUCUCCUGCUCACAAGAACAAUUACAGGAACUAGACAAUCCAAUAAAGUUUUCCUUUGCUUUAAUGGUUAUGUAUAACCCUCACCCUGAUUUGAGAAACAUCAGUUUGGGGAACAAGUAUGCCAUAUAUUCAGGCAAAUAUAGUACUUGAAUUUAAGACAUCAUUAUCAGUGUGGAGGUUUGGGUCUUCGGGUCGACUCUCUUCCUCUACCCAGUAGGUUGAUCCUUCCACCACAGGUUCUGCCUUAAAAUGAACCUACUUCAUGUAGAGUUUGAACAGCCCUUAACACAUGAUAAAUCAAGUGCAACAUUAUGGAGGAAUUUUGGAAAAGAGAUGAGGAAGGUUAUACUGGCAAGAUUUCAUAAUGUGGCCAGUAAAGUGAUGUUACUUUAUGACAGAAAAUGUUGGGCUCUGGAUAAAGCAUAAGGACGACAUGUUGAGGCAACACAGAUGGAAAUUCCUCGGACCAUUAGCUAGAGUAAUGAGAAGAGACAGUUUCCGAAACAAAAACAUUUGACAGCAAUUUUGGAUAGGUAGCAUGAUCCAGAAAUUGUAAAGUACCAUCACAGAUUGAAGAUCGUCUGCUGACAGCAGCAAAGGAAUUUGUAGAUUCCAAGGACAAAGAGGCUUAAGAGUGUAUGGAAACGGACAGGAGAACCAAUGAUGUGGUUUGCUUUGGAAUGGGGAACAGACUUCAUGGACCUUGUGAGGAAGAGGAAGAAGAAAAAUAUGUAGGUAUGUGAUGAGGUUCCAUUCUGUCCAUGUGGGGUGUCCAGUUACUUUUGCAGAAUCUGCCAGCAAAAAUGAGACCAUGUGUUAUACGCUGUGCAGUCUGUAGCUGGCAAAAUCUCUGUAUUCCCUUGCAGUAGUCCAGCCAUUAUGUUCACACAAAUGUUGAUAGUAAUGAUCUUCACUAGUGACAAGUGUUGGCUGAUAGACCAGAGGGUGCUAGAGAGGAAUGCAGUGGGAGGCAGAGGGGAUUAAUCCUCAAGUCCUAUCAUGCCUGCCAUUCAUGGAACUUCUUUUCACCAUCUCAGUAUUGUAACUCUUUCAAGAUAUUGUAUUUACUUGGAAAGGACUCGAGUAACAGAACCAAUUGUUUACUCUGUAACAAGACAAGUGGCAGGUCAGAGAUGAGCCCCAACUUAAGCCCCUGACUGCCAGACCUUGCCAUAGAACUACAUACUAGGAACACCAAGGUUACUUCAGGGUACGUGCAGUUGGCACACAGAAACUGACAAUAUUCCUCAGUUUAUUCUCAAGUGGCUACAGGUAUUGAUACUGUGAAGCCUGUUAUUUCAUCUGAACAUCACUGUGUUACACUUGAUGUCAUCUGUUGACAGAAAUGCUAUGCUAAAUGAUUACCAUCGAGCCAGUCUCUUUGGCUGUGGUAGUUUUAAUGCAUGUGUGUUGAGUCAUCUUCAUCAGCCCAAGGCAUGCAUAGGGUCAAAGACUGAAGAUGUGACAGUGUGCUGCUUGGUCAGGGCUAUCAGGCUCUUCAGGGGUUGGUGAUAGAUAAGCAUGGUGCAAUGGUGGCAUGAUGAGAGUAAGGGAAAUUUGAAGAAAGUAAAAACUUAUGUGAACGAAAACAAUUUUAGUCAGAAUAGUCAGUGGAAUUCAAAAUGGGCAUGCAUGAAUUGGAAGUUACAUGUCUUGCUGCUGAGCUAACCUACUCACCCCAUUAAGGAACCCUUCUAUACAAAAUUAAAUUAUACACUUUAUGUUAAUAUUUUUUAAAUUGCUAUUCAGGGUACAUCUUCACUGAUUUUCCUCAACAAUUUGAAGCCUUUGUGUAGUUCUGUAAUUUACUUAAAAGAAACCCUGUACCAUAGACUUAAGUUUUGUUUAAAGAACAACUUCCAUGUUUGUAUGAUGAUUCAAGGUACACUCCUUUAUCAAAAAGAUGCAAUAUUCUUGUGUACUGAAACACAGUUACAAAUCUUGAGUACCUUGUAAUAUUAUUUUUAUACCAAAGAUGUUAAAAUAAAUGUUCUCUUGUGUAUUGAACUACAGUUCUUUGAUGAGACAUGCAUGGUAUUUUUACAAUUUGUUAAUUUUAAUUUAACAGAGAAGAUAUGUUGGUUGAUAUUGUAUCAUUCACUGCCACUAGUUGAUGUAUUUGUUUGUCUUGUAUCUUCAUGUCUCUAGUUCAUAACACUUCAGAGCCACAGAGAAGUAUUGUAGUAGAAAUAUGUGUGUAUGUUUCAUUCAGGAUAAUAAACACUAAAUGAGAUGAAAUACUAAAUAGAAUUUGUCUAAACAAUUUUUGAGGAUUUUAUAAUCUUGAAAUACAUCAAAUCAUGUUUCACUACAUAAUUCCCACCUACUGUAAGUAUUACACACUCAUUUCUCAACAUGAAAAUAAGAACAGGUACAUCCUGUGUAUUCUGUUUGUACAUGUGAAAGUUUGAAAUCAAAUAAACGAGUUCUAUCACAGUUA